CUAUUGGCGGAGCCGGAGGAGGCGGGCGUGAGCGGCGUGGGCGGUGGCCAAUGGGCGGGAGGCGCCGGCCGGCCGCGCGCAGUUCGGAGCUGUGGCGGGCGGCGGAGCGGCAGCGGCGGGCGGCGGCGGCGGCGACCCGGAGCCAUGGCGGCAGCCGCCGGCGGGACUCACGCCCGGCCCGGCCCCGACUCGCCGCCUCUCUUCAGCUUCCGGCGGCGCUCGCGGCACCAGGGCCCGGAAGACGCGGUUGUGCUCGAGCACGUGCUGGGAAUCACCGCGCAGAGCAGCAGCGGGCUGGCGUGCGACCCCGCCACCGGCCGCAUCGCCUACCCGGCGGGAUGCGUCGUGGUUAUUUUAAAUCCCCGGAAGAACGAGCAGAGGCACAUCCUGAACACCUCCAGGAAAACCCUGAGUGCUUUGGCGUUUUCACCCGACGGGAAGCUUAUCGUGACCGGAGAGAGCGGGCACCGGCCGGCCGUGCGCGUCUGGGACGUGGAGGAGCGGGCGCAGCUCUGCGAGCUGCGCGGCCACAAGCACGGCGUGGCCUGCGUGGCCUUCUCGCCCGACGCGAGGCACCUGGUGUCCGUGGGCUCCCAGCACGACACGAGCGUCAACGUCUGGGACUGGAAGAAGGACGCGCUGGUGGCCUCCAACAAGGUGUCCUGCAAGGUCAUGGCCGUGUCCUUCUCCGAGGACAGCUACUUUGUCACCGUGGGCCACCGCCACGUCAAGUUCUGGUUCCUGGACUCCUCGAGGGAGCUUAAGGUCAAGGAGACGGUGCCGCUGGUGGGACGCUCGGGGCUGCUGGGAGAGCUGCACGACAACGUCUUCUGCGGCGUGGCCUGCGGGCAGGGCGAGCUGCUGGGCAGCACCUUCUGCGUCUCCCGCUCGGGGCUGCUCUGCCAGUUCAACGAGAAGCGGGUGCUGGAGAGAUGGAUCGCGCUCAAGGUGCCGCUGGCCAGCUGCGUCUGCGCCGGCGACGAGUUCAUCUUCUGCGGCUGCGCCGACGGCACCGUCCGCGUCUUCCUGGCGCGCGACAUGCGCUACCUCGCCGACCUCCCGAAGCCUCACCGCCUCGGCGUGGACGUCACACGAGCGCCCGCGUCCAGGCAGCCGGAUUGGGUCUAUCCCGACACCAUCGCUCUGGCCUACGACCCCCGCAACCGCUGGCUCUCCUGCGUCUACAAGGACCACAGCGUCUACGUCUGGGACGUGCGGGACGUGGGCCGAGCGAGGAAGGUGUGGUCGGAUCUCUUCCACAGCUCCUUCGUGUGGAGCGUGGAGGUUUAUCCCGAAUUUGAGGAGCGCAGAUCCUGCCUGCCCGCCGGCUCCUUCCUGACGUGUUCCUCGGACAACACCAUCCGCGCCUGGAACCUGGGAAGCGACGGCCGCCGGGCGAACGCCUACAGCACCACGCUGCUCAACGUCGUCUACGUGGACAACAACACCCAGCACCUGCAGGACUCGGCCAGCGCGCCCGACCGGGGCGAGACCGGCUGCCUGGACGUGAAAUCGGGCGUGCGCGUCCUGCAGAUCAGCCCGGACGGGCAGCACCUGGCCUCGGGCGACAGAGGCGGCAACCUCAGGAUCCACGAGCUGCAGUUCAUGCAGGAGGUGGCCAAGGUGGAAGCUCACGAUUCGGAAGUUCUCUGCUUGGAAUAUUCAAAGCCGGAAACUGGAGUAACGCUGUUGGCUUCGGCGAGCAGAGACAGGCUGAUCCACGUCCUGAACGUGGACAAAAAUUACCGGCUGGAGCAAACCCUGGACGACCAUUCGUCUGCUAUAACGUCGGUAAAAUUUGCCGGUAACGGAGAAGUUCAGCUCAUAAGCUGCGGAGCUGACAAAAGUAUUUACUUUCGCCACGCUCAAAAGCUCGCGGACGGGGUGAGUUUCGUGCGGACGCACCACGUCGCCGAGAAAACCACCUUGUACGACAUGGACAUCGACAUCACGCAGAGAUACGUCGCCGUGGCCUGCCAGGACAGGAACGUCAGGGUGUACCACACCGCCAGCGGCAAGCAGAAGUGCUGCUACAAGGGUUCGCAGGGCGAGGACGGAUCGCUGCUGAAGGUGCAGCUGGAUCCCUCGGGCACCUUCCUAGCGACGAGCUGCUCCGAUAAGAGCAUCUCCGUCAUCGACUUCCAUUCGGGGGAGUGCGUGGCGAAGAUGUUCGGCCAUUCAGAAAUAGUCACGGGCAUGAGGUUCACCUACGACUGCAAACAUCUCAUCACGGUCUCGGGAGACAGCUGCGUUUUCGUUUGGCACCUGGGCCCUGAAAUCACCGCCAGCAUGAAGCAGCAUCUGCUGGAGCUCGAGCAGCUUCCGCCGAAGAGGACGAGGGACGCGAGUCGGCCGGGUCCGAUCAGGCGGGAGACGUACGUGGCGAUUCCCGGCGGGAAGGGGCCUCUCGGCGCCGAAGAGCUGUCGGACGAGGAGCAGGACGAGGAGCAGGAUGAGGAGCAGGACGAGGAGCAGGACGAGGCCUCGUCACCGCAGACUCCUUCCAAAGAGGACUUCGAUCCGGCCCCGGCAUGUGUCCUGACCAACGGCAAGCUGCCCAUGUGGGCCAAGCGGCUGCUGGGAGAGGCGGAUAACUCGGACAACGCCGGCUUCAACGCCCGCGUGAACUACCAGCCGCAGGGCAGGUGGGCGGAACGGGCCCACCAAGACCCCUUCAAGGCCCUGCUGGAAGCGGAUCUGACCUACUUCACCCCCAUCAAAAGCGACUUCGAGGCCGAGCUGGAGCCCAGGAGUUUAGACCGUCUCCUCUCGGAGACGGAGAGCUCUCCCAGCAGCAUCAUCGAGGACUUCAAGCGCUCGGAGCUUUUCUCUGAAGACGACGCCAGUCGGGAGCUGGAAUCGCUCGACACCUCCGGCACCAGCCUGGAUGAGCCGUGCUCCGGAGACGGCUCUUUGGAGGGCAGCAGGAGCCGCGUGAAGGAGCUGCCGCUGCGACCUGUUUAUCAGGGGAAAACCUCGUCCGUCGCGUCGCCCGAAACGUCCCCGAUUCGUCGCCGGCCGGAAGACGAUUCUGACGGAGACGCCGAGGGGGAAAAGGCGGACGAGAGCCCGCAGCCGGCCGGCUCUCUGCCGCAGACUCCCGAACAGGAGAAAUUCCUCAAGCAUCACUUCGAGACGCUGGCGGACGCCCACGCCGAAGAGAAAUUCGACGGCUCCUUAAAGGAUUUGAAACCGCCUGAAGCUGGCGACGAGGAAAAAACCCUCUUCUUGAACCCGCGCUUGAGCAUUUCGGCCCGAUUCCUCUCGCGCUGUCAGAAAAACAGCAGGCUGGCGGCCGCCUUCCUGCCGCGGCCGCGGCCUCCGCACCCGGCUCCCGCCGAUGCCCCGGAGCCCGUGACGGAAGAGACCAAAGCGGCCCAGGAGCUCCCAAAACCGGAGGAGGCGCCGGAAGAGAAACCCCUCGAAGUGGUGGAAAAAGCGGACUUGGCGCCUUGUGAAUCUUCAGAAACCCUCAUCCGGCGCUUCGAGGAGAAGCUGCAGCCGCUGCGGGCCAAAUUCCAGGAGAUGCUGCAGCUCUACGACCAGGCAUCUCUCCGCCCGGAAACCACGGCGGAGGAGCUGCUGCAGCUGCGAGGCGCCUUGGCCGGGGCGCUCGCCUGGAUGCAGGCGGAGCUGCGGGCCCGCGCCGAUGCCACCGUCACCGAUGUCACCGUCACCGCUGCCACCGCCGACGCCGCCACGGCCACCGAGGCCCCCCCGCCGCCCGACGCCGCCACGCUCGCCCUGCUCCGCUCCUACUCCGAGGCGCUGCUGCGCAUGGUGCGGCGCGGGCUCCAGGACGCCACGGCGUGAGCGAGCCCCAAAUCCCCCCAAAUCCCCUUUAAUUCCUUCAUUUUAGGCGUUUUCUCGAGUUUUACCCUUUUUUCGGGGCCUCCCCCCCCGCUGUGUUUUUCCGGGCGCCCCCCGUUACCGCUCGGGGCCCCCCAAAACGCAUCGCGGCCGCCGGUUUUAAAGGUUCCCGUAAUAAAUGUUUGCCCCGGA